AUGGCUGCUGUCAUUCUUCAGCGUUAUCGAGAACGCCGAUUACUGAGGAGAAACAGAAUAUUUAGGGACCGAAUUCAUCCGUUUGAUGUUUUUGACGAUGAUGUCAUAUUUGCCAAGUUUACAUUUAGAAGACAGGAAAUUCUAGCAAUCACAGAUGACAUCAGCGUCGAUAUUCUAUUAUCUAAACGGAUGGGUUCAUUGACCCCUCUUCUGCAAGUGCUAAUUACACUUAGAUACUUUGCCAGUGGCAGUUUCCAAGACGUUUGUGGGGAGCUUAUAGGAGUUGACCAAUCAACCGUAAGCCGAACUGUGACAAGAGUUCGAUUACCCAAUGGAAAAAAACAAGAUGCCAUAAAAACUAAAUUUUAUGACAUGAGUGGAUUUCCAAAUGUGGUUGGAUGCAUCGAUGGGACUCAAGUUCAAAUACAAGCUCCUACGCAGAAUGAACAUGAAUUUGUUAACAGGAAAGUCUACCAUUCCAUCAAUGUUCAGCUGAUGUGUGACGCAGACCUCAUAUUCAUCAACUGUAUUGCGAAAUGGCCUGGAAGUGUACAUGAUUCAAGAAAUUUACGAGAGUCAUCUUUAUUCGAAGAUUUUGAGAACAAAAGGCAGCCUAUGAGAGGAAUCAUCUUAGGAGACAGUGGCUAUAUGUUGCGUGACUGGUUGUUAACUCCGAUUUCUAAUCCCACUACACGUCAAGAGAGAAACUACAACUUCAGUCAUAGUUCAACACGUACAGCUAUCGAACGGGCCAUAGGAGUUUUGAAGAGGAGAUGGCACUGUCUUCGCAGACUUCGUUUGACUCCUGCCAAGGCAUGUAAAGUUAUUGCAGUAUGUGUUAUGCUAAGUAACCAUGCCAGAAGGCUCAACUUAGAUGUCCCAGACACAGACAGUGACAGUGACGAUGAACCUGACUAUGAACAAGCUUCAGAUGCCCACAUGGAGGAAGUCCUACCUGUAAACAACCCAAUGAUAGAACGUGCCAGGCUUGCUUCUGGAAAAACUGCCAGAGAGAGAUUAAUCAACAAUUAUUUUCACUGA